AUGUUCAAUCUACACCGAAUCACCUGCCUUCGGGCUUUGCUUGUUGCCCUUGCACUGGGGUCGGCCAACGCUGUACCUGUUGCGAACAGUGACCUCACUGGUCGUGCCGAGGCAGACCCUACUUUGUCGCCCAUUCCUCAACAGAUCACGCUCACAAGCGGAAGCAUCUCGCUCGCGGGUGAUGUCACCGUCGUGGCAGACAAUUUCAAGGAUGAUGCCACGAUAAAGGCAAUCAGGGAGGUCGUAGCUGCCGCCGGCGGUAAAGUGGUUGUCGCCUCCAAGCCUAGCGGCAAGGGAACGCAGAUUUUUGUUGGCACCGAGGGGGAAGCUAGCGCUGCUGUCGCUGCUGCUAAGGCUCUCGCCGAGAAGUCUGCAGCUGGCCUUGACGCCGAUGGCUACGUUUUCGCAUCCGGCCAGUAUUCGAAUCUGCCAACCAUUGUACUGAAUGGCAUGGACAAGCGAGGCACCUUCUACGCGGCACAGACACUCCGUCAACUUCUCGACGGCGCCGACAUUCCAGGUGUCAAGGUGCGUGACUGGCCGCUUAUGCCUAUCCGUGGCUCAAUCGAGGGUUUCUACGGCAUCCCCUGGUCUCACCAGGCACGUCUUGACCAGUUUGCCUACUACGGAAAGCACAAGAUGAACACCUAUGUGUACACCCCUAAGGAUGACCCACUCCUCCGCACCAAAUGGCGCACUCUUUACAGUGGUGACGAGCUUAACCAGCUCAAGGAGCUUGUUUCAACUGCCAAUACCAACCAUGUCGACUUUGCCUAUACUCUCUCGCCUGGCUUGGACGUGUGCUACUCAUCCGACGCGGACUUCGAUGCUACCGUCGCCAAGUUCAACCAGCUCCGCAACUUUGGUGUCAGCCAAUUCUAUAUCGCCCUCGAUGACAUUGGCCUUGAGUUCCAUUGCGACGAGGACAAGGCGAAGUGGCCCAAGACAGCCAAUGAUGAAUGGGUCGCCGACGCCCAGGCCUACUAUCUAAACCGUGUUCAGACCGAGUACAUCGAGCCUAACAAUCUCAAAGACCUCGAGACCGUACCCACCCUGUACGCCGGCAGCGGAGCAUCUUCAUACAAGACAACAUUCGGCACCAAGCUCAACAAGAAGAUCCGCGUUCAGUGGACCGGCGAAGGAAUCUUCAGCGAUGAGAUCACAGUCGACAGCGCCAUAAAGGCCGACAAGAGCUACGUGACCGACAAGCUCUUCCUAUGGGACAACUUCCCAGUCAACGAUGCCAACCGUGACCAACUGUUCCUCACCCCUCUCACGAAGCGUGACGGAGAUCUAUACAAGCACCUCCUUGGCUUUACCUCCAACCCUAUGAUCCAGCCAUACGCCUCCAUGGCCUCGCUCGCCAACUAUGCUGAUUAUACCUGGAACGGUCCCAAGUACGACGCCACCAAGUCAAUGGAGGCAAGCCUUUGGGAGUUGGCUGGUACUGACACCACCGUUCACAACGCACUCGUUGCAUUCGCCGACCUUAACCAGAACUGGCCUUACCAAAGCCCCGUAUCCAACGCCCCACAGCUUAGCAAGGACGUUGCGGCUUUCUGGGCCGCUCGCAAAGCUGGCACCAGUGACGGCACUCAGGCGCUGAAGGAUCGCCUCUCACUCAUCAUCACCAUCCCCGAAGUUCUCCCCAACAUGGCUACCAAGGGCUUUGCCACUGAUGUCGCACCCUGGGCGGUUGCUGCUAAGCAGUGGGCGACUGCCUGUCGGCACUUGGUUUACAUGCUCGAGGCUCUCGAUGCUAAGAAUCAGAGCAAGGCGGAUUCUGAGUUCAACGCUGCCAAGGAGUGGGUUGAGAAGACGAAGGCUAAGACUGUUGAUGACCGUAACCGUGAAGGCAAGGACAUUCCCAAAUCGAUCGUCCCGAUUGUUGGUGAUAAGGUGUUCGACAAGUUCCUCACAGAUGCAACCGCUGCCUACAAUGGUAAAUAG